AUGUUCAAGAUGAUCCAAAUAAUCUGUCUGGCGAUGCUGCUUCCCAAUGUGGUUCACUCGGCUCAGGGUCAUAACGCCCAGAAGCUUCUGAAUGAUUUGAUGGAGAAUUAUUCCAACGCCCUGAGGCCUGUGGAAGACACAGACAGUGCUCUUAACGUCACUUUACAGAUCACCCUCUCUCAGAUCAAAGAUAUGGAUGAGAGGAACCAGGUGUUGAUCGCUUAUUUAUGGAUCAGACAGACUUGGCAUGACCCUUACCUGAAGUGGAAUAAAGAGGACUACGAUGGACUGGACGUCAUCCACAUCCCCAGUAGCCUCGUGUGGAGGCCCGAUCUUGUCCUCUAUAACAAGGCUGAUGAUGACUUCUCAGGGCCAAUGGACACCAACGUGAGACUUCGCUACGAUGGAGAGAUUACCUGGGAUGCUCCUGCCAUCACCAAGAGCUCCUGUGUGGUGGACGUCUCCUACUUCCCGUUUGACAGCCAGGAAUGUAACCUGACUUUUGGUUCGUGGACCUACAAUGGCAACCAGGUAGACAUCAUUAUGGGCAUGGACAGUGGUGACCUUUCAGACUUUGUGGAAAACGUGGAGUGGGAGUGCCAUGGGAUGCCGGCCACCAAGAACGUCAUCAUGUACGGCUGUUGCUCUGACCCGUAUCCAGACAUCACCUACACUGUGCUGCUGCAGCGCCGCUCCCGCUUCUACAUCUUCAACCUCCUCCUCCCCUGCUUCCUCAUCUCCUUCUUGGCUCCUCUUGGAUUCUACCUGCCUGCAGACUCUGGGGAGAAGGUUUCACUGGGAGUGACGGUUCUUCUGGCUCUCACGGUGUUCCAGCUAAUGGUGGCUGAGAGCAUGCCGCCCUCUGAGAGUGUACCACUUAUAGGGAAAUAUUAUAUUGCCACAAUGACCAUGGUCACAGCCUCCACAGCUCUCACCAUCUUCAUCAUGAACAUCCACUUCUGUGGUGCAGAGGCCAAACCAGUUCCACACUGGGCCAAAGUCCUUAUCAUUGACUACAUGUCCAAGAUUUUCUUUGUGUAUGAGGUAGGUGAAAACUGUGCUACUGCCUCCUCUACCUCUUCCUUGUCUUUUCACUCCCCCCACGACGACGUCCAUCACCAGCACCUCAACUCCCACAUUCAAGCGAAUGGUAAACCAGGACACCGAAGUAGUCAUGACGAGAGGCAAGGCCACAAACACCCCAGGCCACAGACCCCUAAGCCACAACAUCAUCCCAGAGUGAAAACCCAGCACCACAUCACCAGGGAGGAGAGAAGCCACCUCUCCGGCUUCGCACCUGGGAGGUAUGAAGGCCCUAAUGGCAAAAUUCCUACAGGUGAUUGUUGUAAAGAAGACCAGAAAGUCCCAUGUUGCCCUGAGGACCAAAAGCUUCCCUGCUGCCCUGAAGAGAAAAAGCCUCCAACCCAAGGCCCCACUGUAACCUUUGGCCCCUGUGUGUUCUGUAGCCAUGGUAGUGGCAUCCCAGGUGUGGACACCAAGUUGGUGCGGAAUGUUGAAUACAUUGCAAACUGUUUCAGAGAGCAGAGGGCCACAUGCGCCAAGGGGGCAGAAUGGAAGAAAAUUGCUAAAGUCAUGGACAGAUUCUUUAUGUGGAUCUUCUUCAUUAUGGUUUUCCUCAUGAGCAUCCUCAUCAUUGGCAAGGCACCAUGA